UCCCCCUUACCCCCGUAGCCGUGAGGAGGCGAGGUCGUGAAUAGCCCCUCGCGUUCAUUUGGUUUCACCGUACAUAUUUUACCUCAGGAGGAAAAAAAAAGCGUCGCCGGUGCCUGCCUGACAGUUGGGCUAUUGCGGAGGGGGUGCACUUUAAUUCUGCCGCUCUUUGAAAAAUCCCCCCCCCCAUAGCCGUUUCCUCCUCAGAGGUUCUUUGGUGGGGCGGAGGGGGCGCUGAAAGGCCUCCCCGCACACGGAGGCGUUGGAGACAUGGACGAGCAGAGUGUUGAGAGUAUUGCUGAAGUGUUCCGAUGUUUCAUUUGUAUGGAGAAAUUACGGGAUGCCCGCCUGUGUCCACAUUGUUCAAAGCUGUGUUGUUUCAGUUGCAUUCGGCGUUGGCUGACAGAACAAAGAGCCCAAUGCCCUCACUGUCGGGCUCCACUCCAGCUGCGGGAGCUUGUCAACUGUCGCUGGGCUGAGGAAGUUACCCAGCAGCUUGACACGCUUCAGCUAUGCAAUCUCAACAAGCAGGAAGAAAAUGAAAAGGACAAAUGUGAAAAUCAUCACGAGAAACUGAGUGUGUUUUGUUGGACAUGUAAGAAAUGCAUUUGCCACCAAUGCGCUCUCUGGGGAGGAAUGCAUGGGGGGCAUACAUUUAAGCCAUUAGCUGAAAUUUAUGAACAACAUGUCACAAAAGUGAAUGAAGAAGUGGCUAAGCUUCGCCGGAGACUCAUGGAGCUAAUCAGUUUGGAGCAAGAAGUGGAAAGGAAUGUAGAAGCUGUACGUAGUGCAAAAGAUGAGCGUGUUCGGGAAAUCAGAAAUGCAGUGGAGAUGAUGAUUGCGAGAUUAGACACUCAACUGAAGAACAAACUUAUAACACUAAUGGGGCAGAAGACUUCACUCACCCAAGAAACAGAACUUCUAGAGUCCCUACUGCAAGAAGUAGAACACCAGCUGCGCUCCUGCAGUAAAAGUGAACUGAUACUGAAAAGUUCCGAGAUCUUGAUGAUGUUCCAACAAGUUCACAGGAAGCCCAUGGCCUCUUUCGUCACUACUCCCGUCCCUCCUGACUUUACAAGUGAGUUAGUACCAGCUUAUGAUUCAACUACCUUUGUCUUGGAGAACUUCAGCACUUUGCGCCAGCGAGCUGAUCCUGUCUACAGUCCACCCCUUCAAGUUUCUGGGCUAUGCUGGAGGCUAAAGGUUUAUCCAGAUGGAAAUGGAGUUGUUCGAGGCUAUUAUUUGUCUGUAUUUCUUGAGCUGUCUGCUGGAUUGCCAGAAACAUCCAAGUAUGAGUACCGUGUAGAAAUGGUCCAUCAAUCUACAAAUGAUCCUGCUAAAAAUAUCAUUCGAGAAUUUGCAUCCGACUUUGAAGUUGGGGAGUGCUGGGGUUACAACAGGUUCUUUCGGUUGGACUUGCUUGCCAAUGAAGGCUACCUGAACAGGCAGAAUGACACGGUCAUACUAAGGUUCCAGGUGCGUUCACCUACCUUCUUCCAGAAAUGUCGGGACCAACACUGGUACAUUUCUCAGCUUGAAGCCGCUCAGGCAAGCAAUGUCCAACAAAUAAAUAAUCUCAAAGAGAGGCUUGCAAUUGAGCUGUCCCGUACCCAGAAAGCCCACAGCAUGUCUCCUCCAGACGUUCAUCUCAGCCCACAGAGUGAUGAUGGCCCAGAAGCGAGACCCAAAAAGUCGGGACCAAACUUAGAAGUACGUCUUGAGGCUGUGGCUGCGACGGCAUGUCCCCGAGAUGCCAAAGAUGAGGAAGAGGAGAAAGUACAUUAUGAAGACUACAAUCAUGAGCUGUCAGAUGGAGACCUGGAUGUUGAUGUUGCUGGGGAGGAUGAGAUGAACCACCUAGAUGGCAGCAGUUCAUCCGCCAGUUCAACGGCGACCAGCAACACAGAAGAGAAUGAUAUAGACGAAGAGACCAUGUCUGGAGAGAAUGAUGUGGAAUACAGCAACCACAUGGAGUUGGAGGAAGGAAACCUCAUGGAGGAAGCAACUUGUGCUGUGGCUGGCACAUCAGGUGGGAGCCAUGGCUAUUCGACCACAAGCAGCCGCAUGUCAAGGCGAGGUGGAAGCGUGCUGGGUUCUUCUUCUAAUACUAGUUUACUUGACAUAGACCCCUUAACUUUAAUACACUUGUUGGACCUGAAAGACAGAAACGGAAUGGAAAACUUAUGGGGUCUACAGCCACGACCUCCAGCUUCAUUUCUACAGAACAGAGCGGCUUAUUCUCUGAAAGAGAGAGACCAACGGAGGCACCAGGCCAUGUGGCGUGUCUCCCCAGACCUGAAGAUGCUGAAAAGGUUGAAAAGUCAGAUGGCCGAGGUCCGCAGUAAAAUGUCAGAUGUGAAAAACCAGUUGUCGGAGGUCCGGAGUAGCAACACUGCGUCUUCUGAUGGGCAGACCACCUACUUUUCUGGUGACCAGGGAUCCAUAGCCUCAUGCGGGACUGAGAGCUACAGCAAGCUGCAAGAGCUUGCCAGGGAGGUGCUGAUGAAAUCAUUGCUCUCAGGCUACUGCAUACAGAACUCUACACACAAGAAAAGCCAUUCAUCAAAAGCUGGGCGAACUGGGGCAGCAGGCAGCUUGUCUCUGCGAAGAGCAGUGGACUCUGGGGAUGGGAACCUCCGCUCCAAGGUUGACUGCCAGAGUUCCUCUGAAGGUUGCCUGGGAAACAGGAAGCCCAGCAGUAGGCAUGGCUCCCCCAGGUGCCCGACUAGUGCCUCAGAAGCCUUGUCCAAGCCUGAAGAGAGGCAUUGUGAAGCCGCUGAUUCCGAUGCAGGUGCUUCUGGUUUAAACAGCAGAGCACCCGUGGAGAAGGCAAGGACAAUCGUAACGUUGGGGCCCAGUUCAAACAGAUGCCACCUGGAAGGAACUGAGUCGGCUGACUUGGAAAACAACACUGAAGCUGGAGAGCUGCAGGCUGGGCUUUCUGAAGGAGCCUUGGCAGGCCCAGAAGAAGCUGGGCUUUGCCCGAAGCAUGUCGUUCACCUCCUGUCAGGCAUGAGCAGUGACAGUGACAUUGAAUGUGACACGGAGAAUGAAGAGCAGGAGGACGUGGAGGCUGCCAGUGCCGCCUCAGAUGUCUUCAAUCAGGCUUUCCAGGAUGCGACUUCCAGAGAAGCCUUAGAGAUGUGCUCUGUUUUUCCUGAGGGUGAUGAAGGAGGCUCUGAUGACCUCCCAUUUGUCACUGGAAAGGACUGCACAAGGUAAUUGGCCCCGUAACUGCCAGUAAGCCACAUUAAGAACAGUAACGGAAGGCUCCUCAUGAAAGGACACUGCAGCAUCUCUCAGCACACCCACUCACGGACCAAGCCCUACGUUCAGGAAAACUGCCUUUCAGAUACCAGCCUCUAUCUGAUGAACAGUAGCAAGAGAUUGGCAGAUCUUUCCUGCUCCUUCCUUCUCUUUCCAAAACCAUUUUGCCAAAGGCAGAUGAGGUUGUGUUUUAUCACUGCAUUACAAAUCAGUCCCCAAAUAACAAAUGUUUGUAAAUGAUGUCAGGUCCCAUUUGGCCAGACCCCAAACUUUUGUGUUCUCUCUUUUCAUCCAUCCUUCUGGGCUGGGAUUCUUACUAGAGCUUCCUGGGUGCAAAGCAUACAGACACAUCCUUGCAAUUCUACACUGUGGCUUUGUGCUAACAUGGACUGAUGAUAGAGAGCUCCCUGUGAUCUUCCCCUCUGCCAGGCAGAGCAUCUUCUGGCACACACCAGCCAGUCUGACUUGGAGGUGGCACAACCAGCCUUGCUUGCUUCACCUAUUUCCAGAUACAUCUCGUGCCCCCAUUCCCCGUUUUCUCUCCCUUUGUGCUGAGAAUCUUCCUGCGCUGCUUUUCUGAACUUGCUCGGUCGCUGGGCCUGCCACAAUAACCAGUGUGCCUCCUAGUGGUGCUGGAACUCUAGCUGUAUUCAUUGUACUACACAAGUAGUUUGGGGGAUGGAGGAUGGGAGUCUCGCCCCCCCCCCCCAAAUUGUUAAAUGGCAUGAAUUGACACUAAUACUUGUGAGUCCUGAGUUACUUUAAAGUGAGAUGCUGCUGUACUUCUCCUACCCCCCAUCUCCAGUCCAGUUGGGAACACACGUUGCCAAACACUUUGCCAUUGUGCAUUGCACUUCAGCUGCUAAAUAUGUUGUGAGCCAGUGCUGAAUUGGCUGCUUUAUUAAAAAGCAUGAAUUGCUGUAUAAAUGUGGUGUGUUCUUAUGUCUGCUGAAUGUUGUAUUGAACAAAGUUUAUUGUCAUCUUUAAACUGCUGUAAAAUUCAUAUACUUAAGAUGAAGGUUGUCUGCACUGUUUUUAAUUAAUAAAAUGAACCUUGAAAUGA